AUGGAGAUAGAUAAAGAGAAUGUUGUACAAGCUGUGGUUAUAAUGGACACAUUUAACAAUCACUUCAGUCCUAUUUGUGACAAUAAACCCAUGGGUUUAUGCAAGUCGCAGGAGUGCCUUUAAUUGAUUUUACAUUGGAAUCUCUGUCUCGUGGGGGAGUAGGAGAAGUGAUUUUGUUUUGCUGUAAAGGUGGACAAAAAAUUAAAGAUUACGUUCGGAGUUGUGUUGAAAAGAAGGCAAUAUGGAGUGUUACUAUGGAAGUCCAAGUGAUGAUGUCAGACACUUGCCAGACAAUGGGAGAUGUGAUGCGAGAAAUUGAUGCUGCAGGACUCAUUAGAGGGUACUUCGUGUUAGCUGGUGUUAACAGUAUAACUAACAUACAUUUUGGGUCAUUGUUGGAGCAACAUAAACAGACAUGUAAAAAGGAUAAAGGUGCAGCAAUGACACUUGUCUACAAAAAGGUGUCAUGGGAGCAUCCUUUGAUCACUUCUGAUAAACCUACAUUUUUAGCAGCAAAUGCAAAUACUAAAAAAGUGCUAAUGCAUCAAAAGUAUAAACCAAAAUCAACUGAGAAAUCUAUCAACCUACCCUUGGAAAUUGUAUUAAACCACUCAGAGGUGAAAUUGCAUCAUAAUCUAAUUGAUGCAAGCAUAGCCUUGUGCUCACCCUCUGUGCCUCCAUUAUUUUCUGAUAACUUUGAUUUUCAAACAAGGGAUGAUUUUAUACAUGGUAUUUUGAUUAAUGAAGAAAUUCUUGCUAGCUCCCUGUACUACACACUUUUGAAGGGAAAUCAAUAUGCUGCAGCUGUUACUAACUGGAAAACUUACCAAACAGUGUGCCAUGAUGUAUUACACAACUGGACAUAUCCACUGUCCAUUGAGACUGGUUUAUGCUACCAGAACACCUAUUUAAAUAUGGGUAAUCAUAAUUUCCGCAACAGAAACUCAACAUUAAGCAGAUCAAGUUCUGUGGUUGAGAAUGUUUUAAUAGGUUCAAAAACCAACAUAAAUGACAAUACUGUUGUAACAAAAUCUAUGAUUGGGAACCAAUGUGUUAUUGGGAAUAAUGUAACAAUCAAAGGAAGCCACAUUAUGAACAAUGUUGUUAUAAAAGAUAACUGUAACAUUGUGAAUAGUUUUAUUGAUGAUAAUUGCAUAAUAGAAGAGAACUCAGUUGUGGAAAAUGGUACCAUUAUAGCAUCAAAUGUAGUAGUUCAAGCAGGCAGUCAACUGCGGGGAAAUAUUCUGGAAAGCACUGAAGCUGAGAGAGAAAAAACUUUAAUGAAAUCAACAUCAGAAAGCACAGAAUGGGAAAAUGAAUCGUCAGGCAGCGGUGGUGAUGACUUCAUUGGUUUUGAAAAAACUUGGAGUGACAGCGAGUCAUGUUACUCAUCAGAUGGCAGUGAUGAGUCUUCUUUACCUGAUUCUCCUAUCCCCGAGGAUACAAACAUAUUCUUACAAGAAGUGAUUGACAGUUUGGCAAGAGGAUAUGAAGAAAAACUGAAGAAUGAUUAUCUUAUUUUGGAGAUAAACUCGUCCAGAUAUGCAUACAACAUUCAGUUGCAUGAAGUUAACUUCUUUGUUGUAAGAGCUCUGUUGAGUAUCCCUGUGCUUGCUGAUACAAAAAAUGUUCUUAGCACUGUCAAGGACAUUUUGAAAUACUUUAGACCAGUUCUGUCUAAUUAUAUUAAAACUAAAUCUUCUGUCAUGGACUGUUUGAGGGCUGUAGAAGACAGUUGUAUAAAAUGUCAGUGGUUGGAGGGGAAAUGUGGUCAAAUAUUACAUUUGCUCUAUGAAGCAGAUGUUGUUGAUGAAGACUCUUUGCUAGAAUGGCGUCAAGACUUAGAAGAAAACGAGAGUCCUAUUGCAAAUCAGCCAUCACUUGUCAAAUUUUUCGAAUGGAUUGAAGAAGCAAGUGAAGAAAGUGAUGAAUCUGAAUGA